AUGAAGUCUGGAUUUAUUGCGAUUGUUUCAAUGCUAGUGGUUGCGUCAAAUGCUAUACCAGUCUUGCCUGAACCAUCAGACGAUCCCCAAGAUAAGCAAAAGCAUUCAACAGGACACGAAAGUCAAACGCAAAACCCCGCUCAAUUAGGUUGUUAUUUCAGAACGCAGUCAACGUCACAAUCUUUACUCGAAUUGGAAUUAGAAUCAGCCAUAUCAGAAUGUCUUGGUCAAGGUUUGGAUUCCGACUUUUCAUCAUACGUCGAGACAACGAGAACGUGUAUUGGGAAAAUGCCAAUCUCGGAUGAAAAUAUACCAUCAACUUCUAGUUGCGCGAAAUCAAGUAGUAGCACAGUAGAGAGCAGCAUUUCUUUGGCUCAGAAAAAGCUUUUCGAUUCAUUUGAAGCGUGCGUGGAGGACAAGUCUUCUCAGAAAACCUCAACUUCAGAUCAAGUGUUGAGCAUAUGCAAAUUAAAGACGGAGACUGCUUGGAAAAUUUCGAGUUCUAAUACCAACCUUAAGGAGCAUGAGAAUGGUGACUCUAAACGAGAAACGUCUAAAACGAGUCAAUCUUUCUACAAUGACAAAGUUGAAGCUACACCAGAAGAUGAGGAUUCUGAAGACGAUUUUGAAGUUAUCUCAAGAGAAACUCUUCGUAGCAGCAGUUCUGAUGAAGAUGAUGAUAUUAGAGUUAUUUCAAGAGAAACUCUGGUUGAAGGCAAUUCUGAUGAUGAUUUUGAAAAAAUACAAACGCCUGAAUGUUGUGAUCAAUUUGGAGAUCUCUUAACGAGCUGGUUUCAAAAUGUUUUUGAUGAUUUCGAACUUCAAAAUCAAUUGACUGAAUUCAAAUACUUGGGAAUGCAUUCACAAUCUAAUGGCGCAUCCAAACAUUUGGAAACUGAUGCACGAGAUGCUGGAUCCAAUAGCGCAUCUAAACAUUUGGAAACUGAUGCACGAGAUGCUGGAUCCAAUAGCGCAUCCAAGCAUUUGGAAACUGACGCACAAGAUACUGAAUCCAAUAGCGCAUCCAAACAUUUGGAAACUGAUACACAAGAUGACGAGUCUGAGAAUUCUGACGAAAAAACAUCCGAGCCUAAACAACAAAAAAAAUUGGCCAAAAAAUCUGAUAGUUUAAAAGCAGGAGUACAAUACAUGGUUAAUUGGAGUUUUAAAAACUUUAAUUAA